GGUUCCUUAUAUAAAACUACAAAAGAAAGAAAAUAUCAAGCAUAUUCCAUUACUGUUCGCAUUAUCACGAUGGGCGGGUUCUUUGGAUUCCUGUGGAAUCAGCUCUUUUUCAAGCCAAAGCCGCUUGAAGCCAGCAUCUCUCUGGAGGGAAAGACAAUUCUCAUUACGGGUGCUAAUUUCGGUCUGGGUCUCGAGACGGCUCGUGAGCUUGCAGCACGAAAACCCUCACGCCUCAUUUUCGGGGUUCGCGAUGUCAAAAAGGGAGAAGCUGCCAAGGAAUUGAUUCAAAAGACGAGUCCCACGGUCGAGAUAGAUGUAUGGACUCUGGACUACAAUUCCUACGACAGUCUCGUCAACUUCGCGAGCAGAGUUGCAACUGUCGACCAUCUCGACUAUGCUCUCCUCAACGCCGGGAUCAAGAUGAUGGAGUAUCAAGUAUCCGACGGUGGUCACGAGACUAACGUUCGAAUCAACCACUUGGGAACGUCCCUCCUUUCACUUCUCCUGCUUCCAACCCUCCAGACGAGUGCGAAAGUCACUGGCAAACCUUGCCAUCUGACAAUCGUCUCUUCGGAAGGCCAUUUCUGGGUACCCUUCCAUGAGCGCACAGCGCCUAAAAUACUCGCGCGCAUGAACGAAAAGGAAACCUUUGGGACAGCAAUGCAACGAUAUUAUACUUCUAAACUCCUCAAUGUUCUUUGGACCCGAGAGUUAGCUAGUAAAGUCAAUGACAAACAAGUCAGAAUCAAUACUGUCAAUCCUGGAUUCUGUUACAGUGGACUCCAUCGACAUGAAAGCACUGGUGUCAUCAAGAUUGUGCUGUGGCUCUUCGGGUGGACUACAGAGCAGGGAGGCCACUGUUUGGCGGAUGCGUUGAUAGAGCAUGAUGAUUCACAUGGGGAAUAUCUUAGUCUGCAAAGAACGAUGCGACCGUCCGAUUUUGUGGCUUCCGAGGAAGGCAAAGCUGUUCAGAAACGAAUUUGGAAGGAGACUAUAGCGCUACUGAAGGAGGAGGCUCCAUCGGCGAGAAUUCCAACUUUCGAUGAUUGAUGUAGCGCAUAUCGCGCUUUUCCCGCAAAUCGCGCGACUUGCGCAUUUUGCGCACAUUUCUCUUCAAUAGAGAACUCAUCUCUUGUAUCUUUUCUUUCUAAUUUCCUAUUGCUAUCCAUUCGCUUCACGAGCGGUUUUGUCAACUGGUGCGGAUGUGAUAAGACUUGUGUAGUCCACAGACCUGAGUCUCUCACUCGUGAAGGGCUGGUGGCAUUGUCAGAUAGAUUGGGGCUGAAUGCCGCCAUAAUAUUGUCC